AGCAGUGAAGUGCCUCACUCCCGUGCUGCUGCGGUCCCAGCCUGCCCGUUCGCUGCCCUCCCUGCCUGAUGGAGCCAGCGCUGGCAGAGGACCCUCCUCGAGGUGGCCGGCUGAGCCUGGUGCAGGAACACUAGUGGGACGUGGACAGCAGCGUGUGCCACCCUAGGAAGGACAAUGGCUCAGGGCACUGGGAGCAUUAACAGCGACUACAAGGACUGGGAGUGGAGCGCUGACGCUGGGGAACGGGCCAGGCUCCUGCAGAGCCCCAGUGUGGAGACGGUGCCGAAGACCGGAGAGAGCCAAGGAAAUGGUCUAGGGGCCACAUCGGCUUUGGGAGCUGUCUUCAUCGUGGUCAACGCUGCCCUCGGGGCUGGGCUGCUCAACUUCCCCGCUGCCUUCAGCAUGGCCGGCGGUGUAGCUGCAGGCAUUGUGCUGCAGAUGUGCAUGUUGAUCUUCAUCAUCGGAGGCUUGGUCAUCCUGGCAUACUGCUCGCAGGCCAGCAACGAGCGGACCUACCAGGAGGUUGUGUGGGCCGUCUGCGGGAAGGUGCCUGGCGUGCUCUGCGAGGUGGCCAUCGCCGUCUACACCUUUGGCACCUGCAUCGCUUUCCUCAUCAUCAUCGGAGACCAGGAGGACAAGAUCAUUGCUGCUCUGGUGACGGAGCCCGAGGAAGCUGGAAGCGGCCGCUGGUACACGGACCGCAAGUUCACCAUCAGCAUCACCGCUUUCCUCCUGAUUCUGCCCCUCUCCAUUCCCAAGGAGAUCGGCUUCCAAAAAUACGCCAGUUCCCUAAGUGUGAUUGGCACUUGGUAUGUGACGGCAGUCAUUAUCAUCAAGUACAUCUGGCCCGACAAGGAGCUGGUGCCUGUGGAGAUCCCCACCAGCCCCUCCACCUGGACAGCCGUCUUCAAUGCCAUGCCCACCAUCUGCUUUGGGUUCCAGUGCCACGUGAGCAGCGUGCCCGUCUUUAACAGCAUGAAGCAGCCAGAGGUGAAGACCUGGGGGGCGGUGGUGACGGCAGCCAUGGUGAUCGCUCUCUUCGUCUACACAGGCACUGGCGUCUGUGGCUUCCUGACCUUUGGAGCCAGUGUGGAGCAGGAUGUCUUGCUGUCCUACCCCUCCAAUGACAUCCCCGUUGCCCUCGCCCGGGCCUUCAUCAUCCUCUGUGUGCUGACGUCCUACCCCAUCUUGCACUUCUGUGGCCGAGCUGUCUUGGAGGGUCUCUGGCUCCGCUACACUGGGGUGACGGUGGAGGAGGACGUGGUUCGGGAGCGGAGGAGACGCCUGCUUCAGACCAUCAGCUGGUUCCUCCUGACCCUCCUGCUGGCGCUCUUCAUCCCUGACAUUGGCAAAGUCAUCUCUGUCAUUGGGGGCUUGGCUGCCUGCUUCAUCUUUGUCUUCCCGGGGCUCUGCCUGAUUCAAGCCAAGCUCUCAGAGAUCCAAGAAACCAGGGCAAUCAGCUGGUGGGCCAUGGUCAGCUACGGGGUGUUCAUGGUCACUCUCGGAGCCUUCAUCUUUGGACAGACCACUGCCAACGCCAUCUUCGUGGAUCUCACAGCCUGA